GGCGUGGCGGGCGUGGCGGCCCGGGAGCCACACCCUGAAACUACCUGUGCGCGACAGGAAGGGCCCGGCAGAGCCUCGGCGGCCGGAGCGCUGGGCCUGAGACCGGAACCAGGCCCGCCCCGCGCCCCGGCCCCGCGGCGAUGGCCUGAGCCACACGGCCUUCGGGACCAUGAAGAGCGAGCGGGCGCGCAGGGGCACAGGCGGCUCCGGGGGCCUCGGCGCGGGACUCAAGUACACCUCGCGGCCGGAGAACAUGAAUGGCUUUGAGGAAGGCGUGGAGUUCCUGCCAGCCAACAACGCCAGGAAGGUGGAGAAGGGCGGCCCGCGGCGGUGGGUGGUGCCGGUAGCCGUGCUGGCUGGCCUCCUGGUGCUGUCCCUCAUGGCGGGGCUCCUGGCAUGGCACUUUCAGUACCGGAACGUGCGGGUUCAGAAGGUCUUCAAUGGCUACCUGAGGAUCACGAACGAGAACUUCCUGGAUGCCUAUGAGAACUCCAGCUCCACUGAGUUUGCAAACCUGGCCAAGAAGGUGAAGGAAGCGCUGAAGCUCUUAUACAGCGGGAUCCCUGUCCUGGGCCCCUACUACAGGAAGUCAGCUGUGACCGCCUUCAGCGAGGGCAGCAUCAUCGCCUACUACUGGUCGGAGUUCAGCAUCCCCCAGUACCUGGUGCAGGAGGCCGAGCAGGCCAUGGCGCAGGAACACGUGGUCACGCUGCCGCCCCGAGCCCGCGCCGUGAGCUCCUUCGUGCUGACCUCAGUGGUGGCCUUCCCCACUGACCCCAGAACAGUACAGAGCACCCAGGACAACAGCUGCAGCUUUGCCCUGCACGCCCGUGGCAGCGAGCCGGCCCGCUUCACCACGCCCGGCUUCCCUGACAGCCCCUACCCGUCUCACGCCCGCUGCCAGUGGACCCUGCGGGGGGAUGCUGACUCCACACUGAGCCUCACCUUCCGCAGCUUCGAUGUCGCGACCUGUGACAAAAGUGGCAGUGACCUGGUCACUGUGUAUGACACCCUGAGCCCCGUGGAACCCCGGACUGUGGUGCAGCUGUGUGGCACAUACCCUCCCUCCUACAACCUGACCUUCCUCUCCUCCCAGAACGUCCUGCUCGUCACGCUGGUGACCAACACCGAGCGCCGACACCCCGGCUUCGAGGCCAUGGUCUUCCAGUUGCCUCGGAUGAGCAGCUGUGGAGGCGACUUGCAUGCAGCCCAGGGCACAUUUAGCAGCCCCUACUAUCCAGGCCACUACCCGCCCAACAUCAACUGCACCUGGAACAUUGAGGUGCCCGACAACCAAAAUGUGAAGGUGCACUUCAAAGCCUUCUUUUUGCUGGAGCCCAACGUCCCCCUGGGCUCCUGCUCCAAGGACUACGUGGAGAUCAACGGGGAGAGGUACUGUGGAGAGAGGCCCCAGUUUGUCGUGAGCAGCGGCAGCAGCAAGAUCACCGUCCACUUCCACUCGGACCAGUCCUACACGGACACCGGGUUCCUGGCCGAGUACCUGUCCUACGACGCCAGUGACCCGUGCCCGGGCAGGUUCAUGUGUAACACAGGGCGGUGUAUCCAGGAGGAGCUGCGCUGUGAUGGCUGGGCUGACUGCACCGACCACAGCGACGAGCUCCACUGCCAAUGCAACGCCACCUACCAGUUCACGUGCACAGACAAGCUCUGCAAGCCCCUCUUCUGGGUCUGUGACUCCGUGAAGGACUGCGAGGACGGCAGUGAUGAGCAGGGCUGCAGCUGCCCGCCCGAGACCUUCAGGUGUAACAACGGGAAGUGCCUCCCGCAGAGCCAGCAGUGUGACGGGAAGGACAACUGUGGGGACGGGUCCGAUGAGGCCAUGUGCGACCACGUGAGCACCGUCACCUGCACCAAACACACCUACCGCUGCCUCGACGGGCUCUGUGUGAGCAAGGGCAACCCCGAGUGUGAUGGGAAGAAGGACUGCAUCGAUGGCUCGGAUGAGAAGGACUGUGACUGUGGGCUGCGGUCAUUCACCAGGCAGUCUCGGGUUGUCGGGGGUGAGAACGCGGACGAAGGUGAGUGGCCCUGGCAGGUGAGCCUCCACGCCCUGGGCCAGGGCCACGUGUGUGGGGCUUCCCUCAUCUCCCCCAGCUGGAUGGUAUCCGCCGCCCACUGCUUCGUCAACCACAGAGGAUUCAGGUACUCUGACCACAGCAUGUGGACCGCCUUCCUGGGCCUGCACGACCAGAGCAAGCGCAGCGCCCCCGGGGUGCAGGAGCGCCGGCUGCAGCGCGUCAUCUCCCACCCCUUCUUCAACGACUUCACCUUUGACUACGACAUCGCGCUGCUGCAGCUGGAGCAGCCAGCCGAGUACAGCGCCACCGUGCGGCCCAUCUGCCUGCCGGACGCCGCGCAUGCCUUCCCCACCGGCAAGGCCAUCUGGGUCACCGGCUGGGGCCACACGCAGGAGGGAGGCACCGGGGCGCUGAUCCUGCAGAAGGGUGAGAUCCGCGUCAUCAACCAGACCACGUGCGAGCGCCUGCUGCCGCAGCAGAUCACCGCGCGCAUGCUGUGCGUGGGCUACCUCAGCGGCGGCGUGGACGCCUGCCAGGGCGAUUCCGGGGGCCCGCUGUCCAGCCCGGAGGCCGAUGGGCGGAUGUUCCAGGCCGGCGUGGUGAGCUGGGGCGACGGCUGCGCGCAGAGGGACAAGCCAGGCGUGUACACGAGGCUCUCCGUGUUUCGGGACUGGGUUAAACAGCAGACCGGGGUGUAGAGGCGAGGCGCCACCCCAGGUGCGCACGUGCGGGCUGAGGACGGGAUUGCUGCCUGGGCCCCCGGCUUGGCCCCCGGAACCCAGACUGGGACCUGAUCCCCGAGCCUCUGGAGAUGGAGACUCGCCCGCAGGCCUCUCACCCACCCCACACCCCCAGCUUCCCAAGCGCGUUCGGGGAGGGGAGGGGAGGGGAGGACGCCUGUCAGUGCCAGGCCGGAGGUUUGAAGACACAGCCUUUCGGCCCUGGCGCCACGCUGGGCCGGAGGCUCUUUUCCUCGGAUACAGGGAAGGCUGGCUUCGUCUGCCUCGGAUAUAGGACCAGCUCUCGUUUGGACUUUGGGGCCCCUUGGGCGGGGCUGGUGGGGCACCACGGGCUCCCAGGGUCGCCUGCUUCAGGAAAUCCAGGCCUGAGGGACCUGGAAGUCAGCCGGGUCCAAGGUUCGAAUGUUUUGCCGGCUUCCAGGGUGGGGUUCAGUGUGUAUAUUUGUGUGUAUGAGUAAAACACUUUAUUUCUUUUUAGGUAA